GACCGGCCAGUGUUUCUUCCCCCGGAAUGCGCGCCUAUCGACCGUUGAAUGCGGGUGGGAACUAUCGACGGGGAUCCUGUCCCAUGCGACACUGAUCCUGGAGAUUUAUUAUAUGAUUAUCAUCAUGAUUAUCGUGCAUAUACGGACUAUCGACAGUGCUAUCGAACAUGGAUAUCCAUAUAUUGAAUUGAAUUGUUUUUAUUCUAUUCCAUUCAAUGAUCCGCCCGAAUGCGUUUCCUUUCUUUCGUUUCGGGCGAUGAGCGGGAUGGAUGGAAUAUUCCCAGGUGAUAUGUUGGUGUUAGUCGUACUCUGGCUCUCAAUCAUCAGUCAUCCUCAUCACAUGAGGAGGAGAGGACACAGGCUGAAGGCUGAAGGGAGGUGCAGAUGUUGGUUUCCACACUACUGCAGGAUGAUGAAACCAGCCAACUAACCCACGAACCCUUUCCUCCCCGGCGGCAAGGCGCCAACCGAGAAGGAAGGUAGAGAGUGAAAAGGUGUGGAUAUGAGAGAGAGAGAGAGAGAGAGAGAGGGAG